UCAUGAUUCGCGGGAGCUACUAGCUAUGUUGGUUGCUUUGGAAUGGAGUUCUACGAAGAAAGUCUUUAGUAGCUACAUCACUGGUAAUGGCACCACAUUCGGGUGUCAAUGGCGAAAACAGAGGAGAGGAGAGGGGCGAUAGUCUAACGUAAGCAAAUGAUCCUUGAAUUUUGCUUUGCGAUGAUAAUUAAUAUUCUUUUGAAGAACACAAACACAGCAUAAGCGCCCGCGUGCGUUUCAGUUGCUUGAUCAUCUUUAGAGUACAGUGAUUUAAGACCUCCAAGUGCUCAAUUUCGGGUAUUUCAUUGGUUUCCGAACUUUUUAUGGUGCCUGUCAGUUUUGCGCUCUUUCGACAAUUCGAUGAAAUCCUAACCGGCAUGUUUUAUAGCGGUUUGCGGUUGUUCAAUACGAAAACGAUUUUCGUUAUUUGCUGAUGGCAGAUAGACCGUAACGUGCAACACAGAAACUGAACUUUGCUGGUAAAUCAUUUUGUUUAUUGUGAUCGACUCGCGUCCCUGCCAUGCAGGAAUCUUUGUUCAAUAUUGUGUACCUAUGGAUUCGUGACAUAGGCAAAACUUUUUAUUUUGACCGUUUGUAAUGAUUUGUAUAAUUUGUGCUUACAUACAACAAGCCAUAAGCGUUUCGUGCAAUUGAAAAGGCGUGACUUCUCUACAGAUUUCAAGUUUGUAAUCGGCAUUCUUCGGUUACAAACUCGAAACUGUCUCUUCGUGGAACUAUUUAACGCUUGUCUUUCCUCGGGAAGUGAAGUUUCACCACUAUGUAACAGAAGUGAAGACGACAAUGAUAAAAAUUGUGGUUCCUUGUGGAUGCUAAAUUAAGGUUUUAGUCUUCACACUUAGCUUAAGCUUAUAUUGUUAUGUUUGUGUUUCUUUUGGACAGUUUUAGUUUUAUAGCUGUACAAUCGACUUGUUCAUGCGAUAUGGGAUCUUUUGUCCUCUCUGCUAUUCUCAAAAGUUGAUGGGGCGUAGGAUUCCAUAAAUAGAAUGAAUCAUCAGGAAAUGAGUUUUGACCUUAAGUUCCUUAUGCAUCAGCCAGAAAAAAUAUAUUCUCGAGUUCUUAUUCAGUUAGGUUUAAAUAAGAGGAACCACUUGUAUAAUAAGCACUCUCAUGCAUGUAGUUUAUUGAAAGAUACAUGUCUUAACACUUUAGGGUGUUGUAUAAAAAGAACAGUAAUGUUGAUAUUACUAUGUCAUGGCCAGAGGCAUAUAUUAUUUUGGUCUUGACAAGUUGUGCCUGAAUUAUGUAAAGAUGGAUUUUGGAGCUUCACUUGCCCUUGUAUAAAGUUCGGUAGACUCAAAUUCUUGACAUUGAUCAUGGUACUUUUGACAUAUUCUUAGGGUAAUUUAUCUUGAGCCAAAGCCAUUAUAAGACCUAUUUUAAAUACACUUGUUUAGCUUAACCAUCAAUAAACAGUGAGGCAUACAGAGAACAAAAGUAAUAAUGUGAUUUUUGUUUGAAGCCACUUGCAUUAAAUUAGUUUUGAAAAUGGUUGCAAGCUCAGAAGAGUUAACUGCCAUUACACCUAAAUACCUUAACACGCUAUAUAUUUUUCUCUAAACACACUCAUAUACUUACAAUAUAAUAUACACGCCUUUUUUCUUUAUUUUUUGAUGCUGCCUAGUAUUUAAAUUGCCUGUGGAGGGAAAUCUCUAUUCCUCGUAAGCUUGGCUUCUUGGAGAUUUCCCCGCCACAGUCACUCCUUCCAAGUUGUAUGCUAAUUUUUAAUUUAAUGUCAAUUAACCUAUUUUCUAUCUUUUUUUUAUCCUACUAGUAAUUUAUUCUGUGUGGCAAAAUACUAGAAUAAAUUCCUUAACACCUACCUUUUGAAAGCAAGAAAUUUAUUUAUUUAUUUUUACUGGGACAGAAAAAGGAGCAUUUCAUUCCAGAAGAUGAUUUUUCUGACCAAUUUUCAGAAUCAUCUAAACUGUAAAAGUAUUUCUAAUGCUAAAAUUCUAAAAUUAAGAAAUUGCAAUGCAGUUGCAAUGAAGUUGACGUUGAAACGAGAAAAAAUAGCUAAAAUUAAUAAGAAUUGAUAGGCAUUUAUACUAUUUUUGAAAAUUGCUGAAAUGAAGCCUGUUUUCCGAAAACAAGGUAAUAGAUAGUUUAUUGAAAGUCAGUCAAGCCUAUUACUGAAUUCCCGUAAUUCUCAUUUUUAUUUGAACAUUAAGGCAAUCAUGUUUUAUAGUUUAAGAAUAUUUGACCACAAAAUAAUAUUUGUGUGUCUUUUACCCAACUUCGUCCUUUAUACCUGGUGUUUAUUUGGGUGCAACAUUAUUUUAUACUACAGUAGAUCGUAAACGACCACCUCAUAACUGACCGCGGCCACUUUUUCAGAUGACCAUUUUAGAUGUUUCCAUUUAUUUUUACCUCUACUAAGCAACCACCUGAUAAAAUGGUUUGAUCCUUGAGUUCACCAUAUGUACUAACACUACUCAGAGAAUGAGAAGAAUGUUAUUAGACGACAGUGAUUUACAUAUAU